GAGCAUACAUGUGCAUAUAUGUAUCCAGUAUCGUAUGACAGAUGAAAAGAAUACAAAAAGUCAUAUUCCAUGAGAAGGUCGUAAUUUAUUUCUCAAUUCUUCAAAAAUGAUCGGAUCAUAUUCCACUCCUAACAUAUCUAGAAAUUGACAGAAGGGCAUUAUGGUUUCUAUGACUUCUCCAGUCCGAGGUCGACGAAGUGUGGGAGAAGUAGGUGAGAUGAAAGCUAUUAAAGUUCGGAUAGAAGCGAUGGAACGGAGAAGGGAUUGAUGUUGAUUUGUCAUUCUUGGAAUUUCAGAGGAAGGGGUUAAAGAAGGGAAUAAAGAUUUUUCGAGCUUUGUAAGAGCUUCAAGGGUCGUGCGAAGAGUCGUCAAUGUUUUCGUUGGGGUCGUCAGAGUUUUGGAGGUGGAUGAGAUGGUUGUAGAUGUCGUUGUCGAUGUUGAUGUUGAUGUUGGAUCCCUUAGUCGAUGUAAUCCAUUAGUUUCAUUCGAUGCGUUGGUACUGGUAGAAAUUCCGAAACGGAGUGAUGGUGAUGAGAUCAUUGUCGAUGUCGAGGUUGCAGAUGUGGUGGGAAAGAGAGUCGAUGUUAAUGUUGUUGUCGAUGUCGGUGUAGUGAUCAUCGUUGUUGUCGCUGUCGUCGGAGGAGGGACCUGAGAGAAAGUCGUCAGUCCAGAAGAGAAGGAAGAGGAAGAACCGGGAAAAGGCUGAGAGACUAGUCGUGUAAGUUGAUGAGAGAUGGGCAAGAAAACGUUAUUUAGUAAUUCAAGGAAUUCUACAUCUGGAACAGAUGAAGUGGAUAAUGUGAGAGAAGAAGAAGAAGUCGAUGUGGAUGAUCGCCGGAGAGAAGGUUUGAUUUGAUAUUGAGGUGGAAUACGAGAUGGGAGAUCAGGAAUAGGUGGAAGGUCGAUAAAUGGAUUAAGAAAUUUUCGCACGGAUGGAGGGGAAGGUUCAGGAUGAUAAUCUAAUUCCAUAUCUGAAUCAUCUAUCAAAACCUGUGGGAAAUCAGGAAUAUUUGCUUGAGAGAUCGUUUGGUGUUG